AUGGCGUUCGACUUUGGCGAGUCCAAACCAUCCGAUCCCACCGCCGACUUUCUCGCUCGUGAGCGCGAGGCCGCUGGAGUGCUUUCGGGCGAUGCCGAUCUCUUCGGCUCUUCCAACGCUGCAGGUGCAGGUGCAUCCGCCGACGACUUUGAACGCUCAGCAUCUGCUUUCCCCGCGCUAGACGACGACGGACUGCCCGCUGCUUCAGCUCCGAUUGGCGGUGCGUCUGGUGGAUUCGGCUUCGACGACUUCGAGGACAGGCCCGAACCCGUAUCUGCUACCUCGAACAAGCCUGCUGCUGACGACGAGGUUGGAAAGUUUGAGCAGAACUUCCCAGAGUUGGAUGACGGCCCUUCGACCAACACCAACGGCGCUUCUUACCAUGAUGAUGCUGAUGAUCUUAUGAGCGCACCCGCUGCUGCACACUCCCGCGCUGCCCCUACAUCCACCAUGCCAACAUCCGCACCCACCUACUCAUACCAGGAGCCAACCGAAGAGCCCGAAGCCGUGCGACAAUGGCGUGAAGCCCAGAACGACGCCAUCGCCAAACGCGACGCCGAAGAAGAACGCAAGAAAGCCGAAGCCAUCUCCAAAGCCGAACAGGACAUCGAUAACUUCUACGCCGAAUACAACGCCAAGAAGGAGAAGAACAUCGCAGCCAACAAGGAGAACGACGCCAAGUUCCAGGAGCAACGAACGCGCGAACUGGCAGAGGGCACCACGUGGGACCGCAUCACCAAGCUCGUCGAACUCAAGAACAGCCAGUCCAAGACCAUCGCACGGGCCGGACCGGGUAGCAGCGAUCUGACGAGGAUGAAGGAGUUGUACUUGAAGUUGAGGAGGGAGGGCGAGAGGGCUCCUGGUGCGGCUGGUUACUGA